AUGGCUGAUGAUGGGCUUGAAGGGGAUGAAGUUCAUGAAGUAGAUUGUCAAUUGUCUGAAGAGCUAUUUAGGAGUUUAGAGAAUUCUGAUGGAGGGGUGACUGGUUUAAAAAAUGUGAUCCAAGAAAGAAACCUAGAAAAAGAAGGCUUUCAGUUUGUGAUUGGUAUGAUUUUCAAAUCAGCAGAUGAGUUUAAAUGGGUUGUUAAGUAUCAUGAGGCAACUAGAAGAAAAGAUAUCCACUUUAAAAAGAAUGAAGACAGAAGAGUCAAGGUUGUGUGUAGACACAAUGACAUUUGCAACUGGACUAUUUUUGCCUCAAGAAGCAAUCCAAGAAGUCCAUUCCAGGUUAAAACAUAUAAUCCAGAGCACACAUGUGGGGAUCGAGAUGAAAAUAGAACAAUGAAUUCUGAUUUUCUGGCAAAAAUGUACAAAGAUGACUUUAAACUUAACACAGAAUGGGGUAGAGUACAGUUUCAAGAACAUGUUAAGUCAAAGUUGAAAUGCCAAGUUACUGAGCACCAGGCUUAUAGGGCAAAACAAAAGGAAUUGAGGAGAAGUAAUCCUGGAACUUUUGUGAAGAUGAAGGUUGAUGGAGAGUUCACUGUUAAUGGAAGACCAAGGUUUCUAAGACUGUAUAUUUGUUUUGGAGCUUGCAAAGAAGGGUUUUUGAGAAGAUGUAGACCUUUCUUUGGGUUAGAUGGUUGUCAUCUUAAGGGUUGCCAGAAGGGAGGGCAACUAUGUACUGCUGUAGGUCUUGAUGGAGAUAAAGCCUUGUUCCCUAUAGCAUUUGCUAUUGUUGAGGGAGAACUGAAGGAAAGUUGGUCAUGGUUCUUGGAGCAAUUGGAGAUUGAUCUUAACAUUUCAAAUAAUUCCCAUGCUUGGACAAUAAUUUCAGACAAGUAG